AUGUUUGGUAAAGAGCAUGGCGAUCAAUUGCACCGCCACGUCUCUUUACUGUCGGUAAUUGAAGGAAGCAUCUCCCCCCUAGCGGGUCUGGAAGGUUACCGUCAUACCGCACCAGAAGUACGUACCUUUGGUUACUCCUUCCAGGCUAAGCCUAAUCCCCUCGGAAGGUCCGAUGGUUAUCUUGAGUGCCGAUGGUCUGUCAUUCUUCUGGAAAUUGAAGGCACUUUGCAGGAAAUAUCAUCAUAUUUACUCCAUAGUUCCCACAGAAAGGCUGGCUUGGUGAUGAGUUGUUCGCUGAAAAAGCAAUCUGACCGCUGCCUGGCUAUACUCGGAUCGCCAAUGCAGACCGUACAGCAGGUAUCUACACACCCAGUCUUGGAUUAUCGAGACUUCCACAAUGGAACGAAUCAGCGUAAAGAUAGGGCGCCUGCAGGGUUAUCGUCUUUGGGUUAUCCCUUCCACCACCAGCCGUCUACAUCAUUGCGAGCUGCAGACUAUGAUGUUAUUUCUUGGGGCGGAGUACUCCAUGCGUGGUGUAGCACGAUGUAA